GGAUCUCAGUAAGUUUAAAGUUAAAGCAAUCAAGCAUCCUUUCUGAUGUUUUGAAACCCAUUAGAAACCCGCGAUUUUUGGAUUACUCUUUUAAAUAAAGAGCGCAGAGCCAAUAAGCUACAAAACAAUGGUAGAUUCCAUCAGAAAAUUACAUCCGAACUAGUGGCGACCUUGCGCCCGGAGUUUCCUUCUGAGUCAAUUCAGAUCAAUCUUUUCGGCUCGCGAAUUUUGGGCUUGGCCGGACCUGACUCGGAUCUUGACAUAUAUGUGGAUAUUGACAAUUCUAGCACUAUAUACAGCACAACUGUGACUGAAAAAGUUCUUCAUGAAGAGAAAGUCAUUACCAAAGCCCUACAAAACAAUCGCUCGAUGUGGGCCUUUCUAAAAAAAUCGGGAGGUAAACGUCCUGUAAUUGUUGUCCGGCACAAGAACUCGAAUGUCCAGUGCGACAUUAGCUUUACGAACAGCUUAACCUAUGGCCAGAACAAGCUGGUUAUCUACAUAUUUGAACUGCAGCCCGUCGCUCGAUUGAUGGUCAUCUAUCUACGGGAAUGGGCGGAAAAACAUCAGAUUAAGUCCGUCUUUCGCAGCCACUUGCUUGUACUAAUGGUUAUAUUCUUCCUGCAAGUUCGCGGAUAUUUACCAUCUGUGUUCCAACUUCAAAGUGGUCUAAGUCCCAAUGUUGGUCCAUGGAUAACUACAUUUUGUAAAUUAAAUUUGUACGACUUCAAGAUGAACAAGAUUCCGUUAAAUGCUGACCAGACUCGCCAGAAGCUCGCAGAAUUUUUUAGCUAUUAUUCGACAUUCAAUUUUUCGCGGAUGAUUUGUCCAUAUUUGGGAAGAGAAGUCUGGCGCCGCGAGCUUAAAUACUUAAUGCCUCAAAGAUGCCGACAAUUCGUAGGCCGAAAAAGAUUUGCUAAUUCACCUGUUGCUAUUCAGGACCUGGUACACCUGACAUUCAACAAGGGGGCGUCUAUUCAACGAUCGGACUUGGACUGCUUUCUACAAAAAUGCUGGUCAGAAACAAAAGGAUUCUUCAAUACUUGACUCAUUCAAGCU